GGCAGUUCAUUCAGUACGAAGAGAUAAGACGAGACGUGAUGUUGAUUGUAAAUACGCGAAACUAGUCAAAAAAAAAAAGAGUGUGAAGAAAAUUCAAGUAAAUUGCCGUAUAAAUGUGAAAAAUUCGAUCUAAAUGAUUAAAACAAAUGGAAUAAUUCGCAAACUAGCAGGAUGCAAAAAGCCACUCGAGACGACGUUUUUCAAAGCGGGCUUCUGCACGGGCACGACACCGACAUCGUCAACGAGUCUAAAUGAGGCACCGGUAUCGAAAUUUCGACCCAAAAAGGCACUGGUUGUGAGCAAAUUGACGAAAUACGAGUUCGAACAGAUGCGCCAUCCGAUAAUGAACGAAGAAGAGUUGGAAAAAUUCCUGCGGAAUCGCGGCACGGACUACGAGGCGAUGUUGUAUUACCAUAAUUUGCACAAAAACAUCGAAUUUGAGGUGGCGAAGGAGUUUAAGGAUCAAGGAGUUGACGUAAAAGUGGUGAAUCGCUUAAAUAUUUGUCCGGAUAAUCAUCUCAAGUGGGCAGAUAUCAUCGUUCCCGUCGGCGGUGAUGGCACAUUUCUUCUGGCAGCGGGUCGAGCAAGUCCAUUCUUUACGGAACGCAAACAUACGCCCGUCAUGGGGUUCAAUAGUGAUCCGAAACGCAGCGAGGGACGACUUAUGCUGCCGAAACAGUACUCGACAAACAUCCCGGAUGCCGUAAAGCGAAUUCUCACGGGAGAUUUCAAGUGGAUGCAUCGUUCUCGUAUCCGAAUUACGCUCCUCGGUAACAAUGCAAACAUUCCCUAUCCCAUAGAUAUGCACGAGUACAAUGUAGGACCCGUGGAUCACAAAGACGUCUUUAUCGAUAGUCCUCCGGUGCUGCAUAAGAUGAACGAAGCGCAUCACAAAGAGACGAAACGGAUGUUGCCGUAUCUGGCAUUGAAUGAGGUUUUUAUUGGUGAAACGGUGUCAGCUAGAGUCUCACAUCUCCAUUUGCGCAUCGAUAACGCCGAAAACGUCACAAAAACGAAAAGUUCAGGACUUUGCGUUUCAACGGGGACUGGAUCGACGUCCUGGCAUACGAGCAUCAAUCGCCUUUCAACAAAAAACGUACAAGAAUUACUGGACAUUCUCAAAAAACAGGCAAGCAUCCUCAAUGGAGUCGAUCCCUCGAAAAUUGCCGAUGAGUUUAACAAUAAUUUGGUUUUUCCGCCAGACGAUCCUCGCCUUUGUUACUCCAUCCGUGAGCAAAUUUGCGUGGGAGUUUGGCCAAAUCCGAAAGGUUUGGAGUCCCGUGGCUUCGCAAAGACCUUUUUUGUCAAGUCUCGGUGCAUUGAUGCCAGUCUCGUAAUCGAUGGAAGCAUCGCGUAUCCAUUUAACGAUGGUACGCGAGCUCUUUUAGAAAUUCAUCCGGGAGAUGCCUUACUAACAGUUAACUUGAAUGAGUGA